AUGAGUUCCAACGCUCCCUCGCUCGACUCGAUCCUCCACACCCUCCAACAAUAUCUCAGCCAUGGCGACUCAUCCCAAAGCCAGCCGCAACUACAAAAGGCGAAGCUCGCUCUUCUCCAGCACAACGCCCUGAUCCCAUCCCCACAAACCCCUACGCCCACACUCGCCGCCGCUCGAUCGAUCCUCGAAGCCGGCGCCCUUCUGUCCAUCCGCUCAAGAGACCCCGAAUCCUUCAUCCGAUACUACUCGCAGCUGCAACCAUUCUACGACUUCCCCGGUCUGCAACAAACACCAUCUCCGAAUCGAUCCAAGAUCACUGGACUCUACCUACUCCUACUACUAAGCCAGGGCGAUUAUGCGGGGUUCCACACACUGCUUGAAUCGCUCAUCGUGGCGGAGGGCUCUAAUGGCGCUUCCAGUGUCGAGGAUGACCAGUUCAUCAAAUACCCCAUCGAGCUGGAACGGAGUCUGAUGGAGGGCAGUUAUGACCAGGUCUGGCGCAAGACAAGCGGUCGCCAUGUGCCUGGGGAAGAGUUUGCCUUGUUCUCAGAUAUCUUGAUAAACACCAUUCGACUGGAGAUCGCGUCGUGUGCUGCCCGUUCUUAUCCUUCUCUUCCGAUCGCUUCGGCCAAGAACCUUCUGUUCCUCGACUCCGAGGGCGCUGUGACGGAGUUUGCCAGAGAGCAGGGGUGGAGUCUGGAGGAGGGCAGGAUAUACUUCCCCGGUCUGGGCGACGCGAAGAAGGCGGAAGAAGGGGACCAGAAAGAAGUCGUUAGCCAUAUGAUUGAAUAUGCUAGGGAGUUGGAGAUGAUCGUGUGA